UAAUGCUCAAAUGUAAGGUCUCACUCUUUCAGCUGAUUGAAAAAACUCUUAUCCCCACAGUAUCCAUCUCAGAGACGACAGCAUCCAUGGCCCUCUGGAAAACAGCAGUAGUUGUGGUGUUGCUGGCCUGUGUGUCCUGGCCACGGGGAGCCACGGAGGACCUCCGCAGCUUCAAGGACCACCUCAAGGACUGUCGGGUGGACAAGGACUUCCAGGAGAUUCUGCACAUCAGUGAGACGGGCCUUCCCCCUACCCAGACCCCUCGGCAUGUGGUCAUCGUGGGCGCCGGCAUGGCCGGCCUGACCGCUGCCCAACUGCUGCAGGGCGCGGGACACCAGGUGACGCUGCUAGAGGCUAGCGGGAGGGUGGGGGGAAGGGUGGAGACCUACAGACACCCGACAGACGGCUGGUAUGCUGACCUGGGAGCCAUGAGGAUCCCGAGCUCCCACCAGAUUGUGCGUUCCUGCGCCCAGCGGCUGAAUGUGAGUUUGAGUACGUUUGUGAUGGAUGACCCCAACACCUUCUACCUUGUCAACGGGCAGCUUGUGAAGACCUCCAUGGCAGACAAAAACCCCGCCCUCCUCAAAUACAACACCACCCAAAAGCUGUCGGCAGACCAGCUGCUGGAUCAGGCCUUGCAGACGGUAAAAGACGCAGUGAAAAAUAAAGGAUGUGGGUUUGCCCUUAAGAAUUAUGACCAGUAUUCUGUCCAGGGUUAUUUGGAAGAAGUGGCUAACCUGAGUUCUGAGGAGGUGAGGAUGAUAGGAGACCUGCUAAAUGAGAACUGCAUGAUGUACACUGGCCUGACUGAGAUGCUCUACGACCAAGCAGAUGUCAACGACCACACUGAUUAUUUCGAGGUGGUGGAUGGCUCAGAUCGUCUCCCACAAGCCUUGCAUCGCGUCCUGCUUAACCCCGCCCAGCUGAACUCCAAGGUCAAACAAAUCACCCAGUCAGACACUGGCGUCGAUGUAUACUACCAGAAGGGUAAAGAAUCAGACUGGACCAAGGUGUCUGCGGAGGCAGUCCUCGUCACGACCACAGCCAAGGCGGCCCGCUUCAUAGACUUUGUCCCGCCUCUCACCAACAGUAAGAGGCACGCACUGAGAAGCGUUCACUACGCCAGCUCCACCAAGAUCAUCCUCUCCUUCAGCAAAAAGUUCUGGGAGGCUGAUGGCAUCAAGGGGGGGAAGAGCAUCACAGACCGCCCCUCUCGCUUCAUCUACUACCCCAGCCACAGCUUCCCUAAGAACCCGGACGUCGGCGUGCUGCUGGCCUCCUACACCUGGUCCGACGAUUCUCUGCUCUUCCAGGGCCUGGGGGAUGAGGAGCUGAAGGAGGUGGCCCUGAACGACCUGGCGCUGAUCCACGGGGAGAAGGUCCGGGACCUGUGCACGGGGGUGGUGGUGAAGAAGUGGACCUCCGACCCCUACAGCCUGGGAGGCCUCGCCAUCCUCAAUCCCUACCAGUAUCCCGAGAUCGCCUUGGAGCUCUUCCAGUCCCAGGGCAGAGUUCAUUUCGCCGGGGAACACACCGACUUCACUCACGCCUGGAUUGAAACAGCCAUGAAGACGGCCAUCCGAGCUGCCAAGAACAUCCACACACAGCUUCAAGACAGCUUCAAGUCCACCGCUAAAGUAGAGCUCUAACGCCAACACCCAGCUACAAGUCCAUCACUAGAGAGCUCUAACCCCAACACCCAGCUACAAGUCCACCACUAGAGAGCUCUAACCCCAACACCCAGCUACAAGUCCACCACGAGAGAGCUCUAACCCCAACAUCCAGCUACAAGUCAACCACUAGAGAGCUCUAACCCCAACACCCAGCUACAAGUCCACCACUAGAGAGCUCUAACCCCAACACCCAGCUACAAGUCCACCACUAGAGAGCUCUAACCCCAACACCCAGCUACAAGUCCACCACCAGAGGAGAGCUCUAACCCCAACACCAAGCUACAAGUCCACCACUAGAGAGCUCUAACCCCAACACCCAGCUACAAGUCCACCACUAGAGAGCUCUAACCCCAACACCCAAUUACAAGUCCACCACUAGAGAGCUCUAACCCAAACACCCAGCUACAAGUCCACCACUAGAAGACUUGAUUUGCAGUGAUUUGUUAUUAAUCGAAUUUUGAAUCAUGAGAAAAUAGUAUCUUCCUGCUCGCAGUGCUAGCUCUUUAUUUGCAUGUGUUAGCAUUGAACAAAUCUCAAACUAAAUUUGUAUCUGCUGUGAACUCUAAAUGUAAUGAGAAUCGAACCAAUCUGAGCCACCUGCAAAAAGGCAAUAGCCUAGCUAUGCACAUAUUACAUUCCCUUUCCUGUUCCUGAACAUAAUAAGAAACGGCCAAUGUGACAAAGCACUCAACACUUCAAUUAAACAUAAUGAUGUUUAAUUGAACCACAAAAGUUGUGCUUGGUUAUUUUCAAAAUGACCAAACGUUUCUUGUUAUCAAAACUAUCAAAACUGCUCCUGCCAAAUUCCUUUCACAUUCCAACAGAUGAUGUAUAAUUUAACCAGCCUCUACUCCAUGGUGAAUACAGUACUCUGAAUCAACAGACUCCAUAUUUAAUACCAGUCUCCAUAUUUAACUUUUUAAUACAAGUGUUAAACAAUAUAGCGAAUGGCAGUUGGUGGAUGAGGGGAAUUAUGAUGUGCAUGGAUGUGGAUGUGGAUAUGCAUUCUUUAAUACCUCCAUGUUUUG